AUGGAAAUUCCAAAAUUAUUAAAUAAAGAUUUUUUUAAAAAAUCAAUUGAAAAUGGUUUAAAAAUUUCAAAUGUGAUAAUUAAUGAACUUGAUAUUAGUGCUGGUUUUAGUGGUGGCGAAAAUUAUUGUAGUCAAAUAUUUCGUGCAUGUAUUAAAUAUAAUCAUAAUAAUAAAUCUAAUAAUAUUUCUUUAAUUAUUAAAUAUAUGGAUUUAUCUGGUGAAAAAAUUUUCCUUGAAGAAUUAGAAGUUUAUCAACGUGAAAAGAAAAUGUAUUUUGAAGUGAUACCAGAACUUGAAAAAAUAUUAGGUGGAAAUGUUAAAUUAUCACCAAAAUGUUUUUAUGCUGUUAAUGAACCAGUAACUACAAUUGUUUUUGAGGAUAUGUCACAACAAGGAUAUGAAGUAUCCGAUCGUAUUAAUGGUUUAGAUGAAAUUCAUAUUAAAAUACUUUUAGAAAAAAUUGCAAAAUUUCAUGCGGCAUCAAUGAUUUUAGCUGAAAAGGAUCCGAAUUUAAUGAAAUCAUUUCAUCGUGGUAUGUUUCAUUCAAUGGAUUGUUUAGCAAAAGAUACAGUAUUUAUUGGAAAUUUAGAUUAUUUAGCUGAUACAGUUGAUAAAAAGUGGUCAGAUUUUGAUGCAAUCGCUAACAAAAUUCGAAAUAUAAAAAAAAAAUUUUACGAUGUUGCAUUAAAAACAGUUGAACUGAAAGAAAGCACAAUAGCAGUAUUAAAUCAUGGUGAUCUCUGGGUUAAUAAUAUGAUGUUUAAAAAAUGUAAUAAUACCGUUACAGAUGUAGCUUUAAUUGAUCUUCAGUUAUCGUAUUAUGGUAGUUUAGGAAUUGAUUUACAUUAUUUUAUGAAUACAAGUAUACCUACGGAAAUUUUAAAAACGAAACGCUAUGAGCUACUUCGAUUCUAUUUUGGUCAUUUAAAGAAUACUUUAAAAAUUUUAAAUUAUAAAAAAAUUCCAACAUGGGAAGAGUUUAAAAAUGAGAUUCAUUCAACGGAAUUUUAUGGAUUUUUUGCAUAUGAAGCUAUUCUACCAGUCAUAUGUUUAGACAAAGAAGCAUCUAAAGAUAAUUCUUUUGAAACAUUUACCGAUGAAAAGAAAUCUCUUGAAAAUCGUGAAAAGGUAAUUAAUAGUAAGAGAUUUAUUGAAAUGUCGAAAUAUUCAUUGGAUCGAUUUGAUGAAUUAGGUAUUUUAGACAUAUAAAAUUAUAUUUAAAGUAUUAUUAUUGUGCUUAACACUAUUUAAAAAUAAAGUUUUUUAUUGCACUUACACAUUUAAAGUGUUUAC